AUGUCUUCCAAAGGUCUCUCGAACGAUGAGGCGGCGGCCAUCACCCUCCGCAACCAGAAAGACUCCCCGCUGCUCCGCCUACCUGCAGAACUUCGCAACCACAUUUACGGAUAUGUGUUCGACUGCAUCAUAAUCCAUAUUCGUUACGACAGAGGAGGACAGUGGCCAGUAUAUGAACAGGGAUCUUGGGACUCGUUGCCUUUCAAUGCAGACGCCCUCGUCAACUCCACCGCCGCAUGUCGCCAGGUUCGUGCUGAGGCCGGACACCUCUUCUACGAGAAUUCAGAGCUGUACUUCAUCAACUGGUCUGUUAUGGUGAAGAUCCUAUCGGGAAUCAAGCCUAGGCAGCGAAUGAUGAUCAAGACUAUCCGACUUGAGACACCCGCGUGGCCGUUAUAUAAAAACAUCCGUCCGCUCAAGCACUUGGGUGGUCUCGAGCGUGUCAAUUUCGCUUUUCCGUUCAGAAGGCUGCAGCUCCGUAAUGCGCUCAGGAAACUAUCUGGCAAAGCGGAGUUGCAGGUUGUGUUCAUUCCAGAAAAUGGGAUUCGACAGACAAUAUAG